CCUCCAAGCAGGACGAGAACAGAUGUAACAGUGACCAGGAAAGACCAGGACCAAGCUGGGCCGGGUUAGGCCAGGCUAGGCCCACCUUCCCUGAGCAGGUUCUCAAAGAGUUCCUCCUAGUAGGUUAGUCUGGAAACAUCCUUGGUCUGUCCAUGUCUUCAAUGCACUUCCCUGGAUGUUGGCAGCAGGAUGGAUUUGGAUGUUGAUCUCACAGUUUCCUAUUCCUUUCGUUGCCUUCUGACCCUUCCCUCCCUGCUCUUCAAAAGAAAGCCCCUUGCGCUCUCCUGGGGCUUCCCUAAACCCAGUAUAGGGUCCUACAGGAACUGUAGCUUGUCUUUCUACUAACUCUUAUGCUGCUUUGAGAAUGCUCCAUUGCUGUUCCACCUUGGUUGAUUUUAUUGGAGGCUGAGGAGAAGUUACAUUUAGCAAAUCUUUGUGGUCUGGGAGGAAGAAUGUCGGAAAGCAAUAGCAAAGCAGUGAAAUUCAUUGCCCCGGCCCCUCCGUCGCUGACCCCUCAGACCCCCCACAAGAAUGUGAACUGCUCUGCAAGUUCAGACUCGCAUGUAGUGGACAAGCUGGAGGGACACCCGGAGGUCCAACGACGGCGUCACACGAUGGACAGAGACUCCAAGACGGCCGAGCACCGCUUCUUCCGCCGGAGUGUCAUCUGCGACUCCAAUGCCACCGCCCUGGACCUGCCCAGCAAGGCAGCGAUGACGCUCACCUCGCUGCCAGACUGCAGGGGACCCCCCGUCAGCUAUUUGGUUUCUCGCACUGCGGAGCGAGACGUCCAAGAGGCAGUGGAAGGCCCCUCUUUGCAAAGCUUGCAGCCCGGGGCACCUCUAGAGGGGCAACGCCAAAAUGUCGGCGUGGGUCACGUUGGACACGCUGAUGGUGUGGUAAAGGAGCCGCCUUCGGCCGUAGUGGAUGUCAAACAAAUGGGAGACCGGCAGCGCGACUGCCUGCAGGAGAUGGCCAAAGACGAAAAAGUGCACGAGUGCAGCAUCAGCAGUCCCACAGAGGAGAAGGAGCGAGAGACGGAGCUGGCCAAAGCACGCGCUGAGCAGAGGGAGGCCGAGAAGCGAGUGCAGGAGGACAUCGAGGAGGCCGAGACGAAGGCCGUCGGGACGUCGCCGGAUGGACGCUUUUUGAAAUUCGACAUUGAGAUCGGGAGAGGUUCCUUCAAGACGGUGUACAAGGGGCUCGACACAGAGACAACGGUGGAGGUGGCGUGGUGCGAGCUGCAGGAUCGGAAGCUGUCCAAGUCGGAGCGGCAGCGCUUCAAGGAAGAGGCGGGCAUGCUGAAGGGCCUCCAGCACCCCAACAUCGUGCGCUUCUACGACUCGUGGGAAGGGCCAUGCAAGGGAAAGAAGUGCAUCGUGUUGGUCACCGAGCUCAUGACGUCGGGCACGCUUAAAACCUACCUGAAGCGCUUCAAGGUGAUGAAGAUCAAGGUGCUGCGUUCUUGGUGCCGCCAGAUCCUGAAGGGCCUUCACUUCCUGCACACCAGAGCGCCGCCCAUCAUUCACCGGGACCUCAAGUGUGACAACAUUUUCAUCACGGGGCCCACUGGGUCGGUCAAGAUCGGAGACUUAGGCUUGGCUACGCUGAAGAGGGCCUCUUUUGCCAAGAGUGUAAUAGGUACUCCUGAGUUCAUGGCUCCAGAGAUGUACGAGGAGAAGUACGACGAAUCUGUCGACGUUUACGCCUUUGGGAUGUGCAUGCUUGAGAUGGCGACCUCCGAGUACCCUUACUCGGAAUGCCAGAAUGCCGCCCAGAUCUACAGACGAGUCACCAGCGGAGUGAAGCCGGGCAGUUUUGACAAGGUGGCCAUUCCUGAAGUGAAGGAAAUCAUCGAAGGCUGCAUCAGGACCAACAAAGAUGAGAGGUAUGCCAUCAAGAUCCUGCUGAACCACGCCUUCUUCCAGGAAGAUACAGGGGUCAGGGUUGAGCUGGCAGAGGAAGAUGAUGGAGAAAUGAUUGCCAUCAAGCUGUGGUUGAGGAUAGAAGACGUCAAAAAGCUUAAAGGAAAAUACAAAGACAACGAAGCCAUCGAGUUCUCCUUUGACCUCAACAAAGAUGUCCCUGAUGAUGUGGCGCAGGAAAUGGUUGAGUCUGGCUAUGUGGCUGAGGGCGACCACAAGACCAUGGCCAAGGCCAUCAAGGACCGCGUGUCUCUGAUCCGGAAGAAGCGGGAGCAGAGGCAGCUGGUGCGAGAAGAGCAGGAGAAGAGAAAGCUAGAGGCGGAGCUACAACAACAAGAGGCACUCAAAGCAGCACAGAUACAGGCGGAGGCAGAAGAGACUGAGACUGAGCUUCACCAUCAGCAGCUGGGCAUCUCACACACAGCCGAAGGAGGUGUGGACAGCGGCCAAGGUUCUUCGGUCUUCUCCUCCGACUCCCCGCAGCUGGGUCAGCUGACCAUGUCUUACAGCUGCCCGCCUUCCACACGGGCUCAUUCCCAGCCGCAAAGCCCGUAUCUCUCCACGCCUGGCGCCAGCACGCAACAACACCCGGCCUAUGCCCAGCAGCCACAGCAGCCAGUGCAGCAUUCAAUGGCACAUGCCUACAGUGGAGGAGCAGCAGGAGGAGGCAGCCUCUCCUUCUCAGCAGUGCCCGACCCGCCCGCUAUUUUCUUCCCCCCCAUUCCUGAGCGCCCCGUUUCCUUUUCGCCCCCUCCGACCGCCCCACCGAAGGCCUACAACGCCCAGCGGCGAAAGAGCACGUCCAUCCUGGAGGCUCACACCCGCCACUUUCAGCCAGCCUAUCCGAGAUACGGCAGCAGCCUCCACCCCUUCUCGGGGAUGGAGGCCGUGGACGCCCCCUCUCUCUUCAUGGUCAAUCCCGGGUUCGCCGCAACGGCUCAGAGACUCGGAGUCGGAGAGCAUCUGUAUCUCCCGGGACAAUCUGACCCAUCUUUCUACGGCUAUAAGGACCUGAGGGCAGAACAGGAGGAAGUGGUGAGAAGGCUGAGUUUAAAUCAAGCUGCCUUAUUGGACCAUUAUGAAGCCAUGGCGUAUGGCGGCUACCAAAUGAGUGCACACCAGCUGGGCUUGUUGAACUUCCAUCAACAGAGGCAGGCAGCUGCUGCAGCCGCCAGUUUGGGCUACGACUCGGGUCCUCACCCAGGCUUUUUGCACCCUCACUUGAUGCAAAGACUAAGCGCACACAGUCCAAUGAACCAACCUGUUCCUGCUUCAUCCGCUGAUGUAUGCAACCCCGCACAGCAACACUCCACCUACCCCCCGUCAGCACCACCGACAAUAAGUGACGCCCCUACAGGAAGUGUUUUUGAUUACCACUUGGCUGCCUCCGCCGCCAACGACCCGAGUCUCCUGGCCUCCAGACUGUACAGAGCCCGCAGGAGCUCCAUGGACCUUCCUCUGGAAGAAAACACCCCGGCAGGCUCUGGCGGCUCAGGCUCGUACCCUCGACUCCAGCCUGUGACGGAGGAGCUGUGUUCCUACAUCAGUCCUGAGCUUCCUUUACCGCCAGGAAGUCUCCUCCUGCAUAACACAUGCCUGAGCGCCAAGGACCGAAGUCCAGAACCAUCUAGCGACUCUCUGGCCUCUUCCGACGCGGGGGAGUUCCUGUCGCCUCCUCCCUCAUCCCUCCUCCCUCAAUUCGACACUUCGGCCGCUCAGUUCAUUCCUCAGUCGUCCUGCGCCGCUGUCUACGACCCGGCCAUCGACACCCAUGCUCAUCCGCCCUCCAUGCAGAACUUUCUCCCGCCCACUCCAUGCUCAGACCUCUCACACGGGGGGGCGUCAUCGACUCUACAGGAGUCUCUGGUUGAGAGUGCGUGGGCCCGACAUGGAGGGGCCGUGCCUGCCCAGCCCGACAUGACGUACCAUGAGUCAUUGCUGGCCAUGCAGGCCGCUAACCACACACUGAAGCAGGUUCAGGUUUCAAAUCCGCAGCCCGCCUCAGGAUCCCCGCUGUUGGGCCCCGCGGCCUCCCAGCCUGCUCCUCUGGUGACGUCCCAACAGGUGAUUGGGUCAAUUCAGUGUGUCAGUACAUGGACACAGAGCCCCACACACACCUUGUUGCAGGCUGCACAACACAGUGUGACCUUGCCCACCUCCACCUGCCUCACUUCUCCUCCAGUGGCCGUGGCCCCUGCUCUUCCUCUUUCCCCUGCCCCUGCAUCCGCCCCCCAACCCUUGGCCACCAUGGUGCCAAUCAUCAGUGUAGUCGCGGCUGAAGCUACUCCGCAGUCUGUCUCUCAGCCCUCGGAGUUGUCCCACUUCCAGCUCCAACCACCCCAUGCAUCCACAGAGAGUGGCUACUCUGAGACCUCGGGCCUGAGCGACGGCAAUGAGGGAGGAGGCGGGGGGCGCCAUGAGGGGCGCUCUAUCAAGCGACACCAGAGGCGCUCCGUGCGAAGCCGAUCGCGCCACGAGAAACUUGCCAAGGCCAAACUCAACGUCCUCAAUAUAUCCAAGCGCGGCGACAGGGUGGCGGAGUGCCAGCUGGAGACCCACAACAGGAAGAUGGUCACCUUUAGGUUUGACCUGGAUGGAGACAACCCAGAUGAGAUCGCUCAGAUUAUGGUCCAGAGCGAGUUCAUCCUGGAGAGCGAGAGGGAGUCAUUCAUCGAGCAGGUCCGAGAGGUGAUAGAGAACGCAGAUGAAAAAGGCCUGGAGAGAGACACCAGCGGCCAGAUGACCGGUGACAUGACACAGCAAAAUCCUGCUAUAUCAGUCCCCAUGCCAGACACGCCCCCGAGUGCCUCAGCACAGGUGGUGCACUCAGCAGGUCGCAGGUUUAUCGUCAGCCCUGUACCUGAAGCCCGGCUAAAAGAACCAAUCUUUCCCGCCUCGACCUCACCAUCUCUUACACCUUCAGUCGAGACAGUUGCUAAGGCAUCAGAUUUGAGCUUGUCCAAAUCUGCGGGCGCCGUCAGCCUCCAACAAGCCUUUUCAGAGCUACGACAGAACAAGAGCCUGUUGGAUGCUGGACCGAGCACUGCCCCCGCCUCCAUCCUCGCCUCCUUCCUAUCCGCUCAUCCUGCAGCAUCCUCGGCCUCCUCACCGCCUCCUGCUGUGGAAGCUGCUUCUUCAGCACAGGAGGAUGCUUCUCCUCCUGCUUCCUCCUCCACUCUGACUGUGUUCAAUCAGUCAUUGCCCAUCCAAGGAAUGUCUCAAAGCCAAGAGGCGGUACCCACUUCAGUCCUUUCCACCUUAGCUCUCAGCAACAUGGCCUCGACGAUGCUCACAUCUCCUCCUGCCUCCCUUGUGUACUCAGCCCCCUCAGAAGUCCUGCCUGAUUAUGCCUCCUCCACCUCUUUCUCUGUUAUCCCCACGUCCUCCCCCUCCUCAUCCUCCUCCACAGUGCAGCCCACCUCGACGCACUCGCAGCCGCAAACAACCGUCCUUUCUGGGCAGACGCACACUCACUGUGGCGAAUGUGACGCCAGGUGUGAUCCGUCAAUGGAGUGCCAAAGCAAGCCGGACGACAUCCAAGCCCUGGAGAAGAAGCUGCGCUCUCUCUUCAUGGACCUGGGCGGAGGGGUGGGCUCCACCCAGGGAGACCUGCUGCCUGAUGCUACCUCUGCAGCCUCCGCCGAGGGGACAUCCUCCCCGGUGGGCACCUGCUCUACCUCCACAUCUGUCGCCCCCAGCCAGGCAGCCAAUCCUUCUCAGCCCCCUAUCAGUUUGGCGCUGGGGUCUCCUGCCCCCCCACAGCAGGGCUGUGGCACACCUAUGUCAACUCCUGCACCAGCAGUAAACGGAGCCACCAACUCCAGUCAAACAACUCCAUCCAAAGCGCCGUUGUCCAGAGUAGCGGCCACCUCUACUUCUUCAGAACUGCUGCAGUCCCUGCCUGGGCCGUGUGUCACACAGUCCCAGCAGCCUUUAGAAGACUUAGACGCCCAGCUGAGAAGAGCUUUGAGUCCUGAGACAGUUCCUGCUAGCACACACUCACAGGCUCCUCUCGGUGCCAAUCUUCUGGCGGCACAAGCAGUUCCUUUCUCUUCAGAGGAAGACUUCACCUCAUCUCCUGCUGCCCCUUCAGGUGGAAUCCAACUUGGCAGAUUCCAGGUGUCAUUAGCCACUGAGGGGCCUCCAAACCAGCGCACAGAAAUCUUCUCUUCCUCCACAUCUUCCUCCUCCUCCUCCUCUAAUCUCUCCAGCCCAGAGAACACGUUGCACAAAGGUUCUUCCACCCCUCUGAGAGCAGGAGGAGACGUUGUGGACGGACUCCCUCAGAGAACGCUGGAAGGAAACCAACACUCCACCCCCAUCACCUCCCCAUGCGCCUCACCCAAGCUUACAACCACCAUUGGACGCUUCCAGGUCACCUCCAACUCUGAGGCUAAAGUCGGUCGGUUCUCCGUCAGUCGGACCGCAGAGUCCAAGCAGAGCCCUCCUCCCGCUGCCCAGGCUUCUAACGGGCCCACCUGUCCUGGAAGUCCAGACAUUGCCCACAGAGCUACCCUGCCCAUUGUGAGCAACUCCUUCAACAACAACAACUCCUACAUGAGCAGCGACAACGACUCGGAUUUGGAGGACGAGGACUUGAACUGGGAGGUCAACUGCCUCCGAGAGAAACACUUGCAGGAGAUUCAAGCUCUUCACUCGCGCCAGAAGGAAGAAAUUGACUGUUUGUUCAGCAGGCUGGGCAAGGUUCCUCCAGCUGCCCUUCUCCCUCCUGUCAUCGCCUCGGCUGCCAGGAGGAGACGACCCACCAAGAGCAAAUCCAGCAAAUCGUCCAGAAGCAGCUGCUCCUCGCACACUAGCAAAAGUCCACCUCAGUCAGGCAGCACUUUAUCGUCCCAAAGCUCCCAGCUAGCUCACCUCGCGCCAGACGGGCUAGCAAGCGAUGUCGGCGGCGCCCAUCGGCUCCAACCUCUCCAAUCCAGCGACAAGCUGAGUUCUGCAUACACCAGCGAGGCGGCUCUCUGUGCGCCGAGCUUGUGUGCUCCCACCCCAGGCUGUGUAAAGUUCAGCUGGGGGUCGGAGCGUCUGGCCUUCAAGCCUGGCGGCAGGAGGACGCGCUUUCUGAGUACGCCCUGCUUGGCUCUUUGGAAGAUGGUGAAAAAAGUUUGUCCCUGCAACCAACUUUGUAGGACCAACAGCACCAACGCAGUCAGCGGUCAGAGUCCUGGCGGCUCUCAGAGUGUCAACAUGUCCGCCCCCCACCGGCGGAAAGGAACCUUCACAGAUGACCUCCAUAAGCUGGUGGACAACUGGGCCAGAGACACUAUCAACCUAUCACAGUGUAAGAAAAGCACCAAGCAACUGCAGCAGGUGCCAGCGCAGGGACACAACUACGAGGCGAUCCAGUCGACCAGCCUGGGCAGGAAGUACUCUGCACCGAGUCAGCUACUCGCUGGCUCCGCCCACCCCUCAUCCAACCCGACUACCAACCCCACGUCCACUACCUCUUUGAGCGCACUGUGCCAAGCCCCCACCUCUCCCGCCGUCCCCCACUUCAUCCCGUACGCGCCCGCCCCCUCCUACACGGCUCAGUGGUCUGGACCGGCCCACAGGCUCUCUGCUCCUCUUGUCGGGGCUCCCCUGCUGGUCAGCACCUCGCAGACGCUUGGGCCUCAGCCCGCCUCCACUGGGGGUCACGCGUUCGCGAUGAGCAGCGCUCUGCAGAAGUCGGUCAGCAGCCCGGGGGGACCGAACAUGAGGACCACGUAGGCUUUGACCUUUUCCCUGACCGGGCUGGAUAUGACGAAGAGGAGGAUUAGGAGUGCGAGUGACGCAUCUUACCUUUUCUUCUGUCUUUGUGUGAAGAUCCUGUUUGCCAAAAAAGGCCAAAGAGUGAAACACAUCUUCACCUUUCCAGAUUUAAACGCGACAAAGUGCAAUGUGUGUUUGGACUUUAGGAGGUGCAGCCAGGUCAGAAUUUGGGUUUUCUGGCGUGAAUAGAAGUACUUGAUGCAGACAGAACGUCAACAAGGAGGCCCCUUCCUGCGCACAAAGCAAUAACAUCACAAUGAACAUGAAUGUCCAAAAAGUGGCCUUUUCGUAACAACUCGUACUUUCUAUCCUUUUUUUUUUUAUCAAGCUUAUUGAGAGACAAACAACACUGUGAUUAUUGUGGACGACAACAAGAAGAUAGGCCUUAAUGGACUACAAACUAAUGCUAGCUAUUACAGUAUUCUUACAUAGAAGACACUUUAAUGAUUGCUCUGUUAGAUGAAUGUGAAUGUACAAAGUUUUCACUUUCUAGUGCCUUGCUUACUUCCGCAUUUGCAAUUUCCUCCCAGAGCAAAAACACUGGAGAAGCACACGAGGACCACCAGAGAUUUAGAUUGUUAACUUACUUCUGUACUGUGAUGCCUUUUAUUUUUAUACUUUCACCCACUUGUGCUGCGUUACUGUGAAAACGUCUGUUAGCAUUAGCUCACGUUCUCAAAAACUCACUUUUUUUUUUCUAAAAAGUGUUCAAAUCCUGCAAACCCCUUUCAAAAAUACAUUUACCAGUGUUCGAUAUUCAAGCACAGAAUUGUUGAUGGUUGACAAGUUUUAUGUUGUUUUAUCUGCUGUUUUAUUGAACUCUGGUUUCUUCUCUCUUUGACACAAAACGCACGUGAGGUCUCAUCAGCAGCCUUUAUCGCUUCAUGUGUUGCACUAAGUAGUGUUCAGAGCUUCAUAUCAAAUAAAUACAUUUGUUACUUUAUUUGUAAACAAAAACAAAAAAAGAAAAUUAAUGAAUAAAAGUUUGUUUCAAUGAA